ACAGAGCAAAGCUCAUCGAUGGCUGCUUCACUGCUUGAGCCGCCAUUUUCAACAAACCCCUCACUACACAACCCAACCCAUCCCUCUCUCAAACCCCAAAGCUUCAAUCUUGCAAAGAAUUUCGCCCCACCGCCUCGCCUCCGUACCUCCACAGCUCCAAUCUGCCUCGGCGGCGCCGGAGAAGUUGUCCCGUCACCAUCGGCGGCGGAGAUCCCUCAAGAAAGCAGCGCCUCACUCGAGAGAAUCAAAGACCGGCGCAAGGUGGUGCGAGUGGCGUGGGAAAAGCUUGUUCGCUGGUCCCGCUCAUGGCGAUCCAGGGCUAAGACUGAUGUUCUUGAACGGACUAACAAGGUUGUGGUGCUUGGAGGUGGAUCGUUCGGAACUGCCAUGGCUGCACAUGUUGCUGAUAGAAAAGCCCAGCUUGAAGUUAAUAUGCUUGUACGAGAUGCCGAAGUUUGUCAGUCGAUCAAUGAAAAUCAUGUUAAUCUUAAGUAUUUUCCCUCACAUAUACUACCAGAAAAUGUCAUUGCUACAACAGAUGCUAAAGCUGCUCUACACGGUGCAGACUUUUGCUUCCACGCUGUACCAGUGCAGUACAGUGCCUCGUUCCUCGAGGGCAUUGCUGAUUGUAUUGACCCGGGCCUGCCUUUGAUUUCUCUAAGCAAAGGUUUGGAGCUGAAUACGCUUAGAAUGAUGUCCCAAAUAAUUCCCCGAGCACUUAGAAAUCCUCGGCAGCCUUUUGUUGUCCUGUCUGGACCUUCGUUUGCACUGGAGUUGAUGAAUAAAUUGCCGACAGCAAUGGUUGUGGCAUCAAAGGACAAGAAAAUGGCAAAUGCCGUACAGCAGCUUCUUGCUUCUAGGACAAUGAGGAUCAGCACAUCGAGUGAUGUCACAGGGGUUGAAAUUGCAGGUGCUCUUAAGAAUGUACUCGCAAUAGCUGCGGGGAUUGUUGAAGGCCUAAAUCUUGGAAAUAAUUCUAUGGCGGCUCUUGUUGCACAAGGCUGCUCGGAGAUUAGAUGGCUGGCAACAAAGAUGGGCGCAAAAUCAACCACAUUGACUGGUUUAUCCGGGACUGGUGACAUCAUGCUGACGUGUUUCGUUAACCUCUCGAGAAACAGAACAGUCGGUGUUCGUCUUGGAUCCGGUGAAAAACUCGACGAAAUACUCAGUUCAAUGAAUCAGGUGGCUGAGGGUGUAUCGACUGCUGGGGCUGUAAUUGCAUUGGCUCAGAAAUAUAAGGUCAAAAUGCCAGUCUUGACAGCUGUCGCUCGUAUUGUUGACAAUGAGCUCACUCCUACUAAAGCCGUUUUCGAACUAAUGAAUCUCCCACAGGUUUGGUUGAAGAAGUUUAGCAUCUCCAGAAAAUUCAAACUUGUGUUCGUGGCAUUUUUGUUCGUCGUUCUCAUUGGCCGUGCUACUGAUAUACAUUUUUCAGUUCCAUACCACACAAAUUAGGCUACAGAGUAUAGCAAAUUUGUAUGAAAAAACAAUUUAUGUUUGGCUUGCAAGAAUGUAAAAACAUAUGAUUUGAUAUGGCAUGUGUGCCUUUUGUGGUCUUAUUAUAUGGUCACCUUCUGUUUAUAGUUUUGGCUACAUAAUAGUAGAACAUACUGUUUGUUUGAAGAGACUAGUAGUAAAUUUAUG